UUUUAAUGCACUUUAAUAAUUUCAGUAUAAAAAUAGUAAUUUUCAAUAUCUGUUUAUCAUUGAAUUCAUCUGGAAAAUGUUUAAGUAUGCAGUUGUCGUUUUUCAAACAAGCAAUGGAGAAGAGGUAGAUGCUGUGCCAUUGUUUUGGCUUUCACAAGAGCGAACAUGUUGUGCUUGGCCUCCUCAAUCUACACCAAUUCAUAUGGUUGUAAAAGCAAUCAAGUCCAUGGAAAUGCCUGAAACAGAUUGGUUGCAGUUUACUGUAAAGUAUCUUGGAGUAUAUGAAGAAUAUGAAACUGCCAGAAAAAAGGCCAAGAAAGGAGAGAUUACCUCUGAUUUAGAUACAGCUACAUCUGGCACCAAAAUUAUAAAAUCAGAAAAACGAAAGAAAACAAAUGUUGAUGAUUUUCCUAAUGAAGAUGAUGUUGAUAACCAAUAUACGCAUAUGAAUGACGUAGGUUCAAGCAUUGAUGUUGGUAAAAUAAAGUCAAAAAAGAAGCCAAAUACUAGAAAAGCUAAUUUUGAUAAUCAGUUAGAUUUUCAGAUUUCUAAUAAAUGUUUUAAUAAACCGGGUAUUCAAAAGCUUUUACCUCCUCCUCAACCACCCCUAUAUAUGCAUCUGAUCAUUUAUCUAAUCAGAAUAACGUUCAAGUUGUCAGCUCUAAUUACAAUAGCCGAUCAUAUCAAAAUCUGAUAGAAUCAGAAGAUUUUAUUUCUCUUCCCAGAUUUUCAAGUGGUUAUGCUACACCCCAAUUGGAAACCACUAAUUAUUUACCACGCACUGAACAAGCAGUUUACGGUGAUGUCGUUAAGUUGCUUGUGGAAGUUAAAUAACAGAAUGAAGACAUAAAAUCUCAAAUUCAAAAUCUUUCUCAGCAACAAAAUAUGAUUUUGAAACAUCUUAAUUUAGAAGUUCAGAGAGGUAAUCCAAAGUUGCCUGAAAAUUUAAAUUUGCCAUUGCAAACUUUCGAACAGAUGCAAAGUUUUGAAAAGAAAUUGCGACUAUCAGCACUGGACAAGUUACAAUUAACUCCAUAUCUGGGCCUUCAAGGAGGUGUUACCGUGAAAGAAACUGUGAGACGAAUCAUGAAAAUGGUUAUGACUGACGAAUUGGCUAAAAGUUUCAAUUUUAUGGGCCAUGGAGAUAAACAUGCCUUUUCAGCACUACAGCCUAAGGAAAUCGUUUGUGAUUCCGUGCGCGCUAACUCAAUUACGAAAGAUGCCAAAAAUGCUGAAAUUGAGGCGUCUGUUAAAACGUGGCUUCGAGUAUCCUCAGAUUGAGAUAGAGGCCGUAGAAAGAGAGCAGAAGACAAAACAAAUACCGAAAACUUUUAG